CGGCUGUCACAUUUACAGCCUUUAUUUCAAUCGCGGAGGAGGGAAAACAACGAAGCUUUGCAUUGUUUUGUUUGGAAGCGACAGGAAAGCAGCUAAACCCCCCAGCUAAACAGCCGAAAACAAGUCCAGAUGUUUCAAAUCUGAGGGUCGCUGUCAUACGAGACCAUAUACCAGAGGACUCUUCAAGCUCUUCAUCCGACAUCUCGCCUCAUAUAUAUUUAGAUAUAGCCUAUAUAUUUUUGGGGGGGAAAUGUGUAAUAUAUUUAGAUAGUUAUAAUCAUUUUUUCUACUCUUGAGUAAGGAAAACGGUAUUUUUUUUCUUCCUGGCGACUUUGUGAGAACUAAACUGAUCUGACUGGUGAGAAUGGGGCUGAAGUCUGUAGUUGGAGAUCUUGUCUGGACUUUGUUUUUUCUCUGGAAUGUUUGUGACUGUGUUCAAACUCAUCAGGACGCUAAUACCGUAAUCAACCUCUUGAAGGCUCUAAACGUCACUCACUCUCACCGGGUGGCGUCUAAGGCCAAAGGUCGUGACCCAGAGAUGCCAGCCUGGCGUUUCCGUUCCCGCACGCCUCAUCUCACGCUACCCCAGGACUUUUCCGACUACCUCUUUAGCACUUCACAGGGCGUCCUGGGUUUCCACCUGGUGGGUCGGCAAACCAGAGGCUCGGAGGCCACUCUCAUCUCCCUCACCUCCCCUGCCCAGCAGCAGCAUGACGGACGCCCCCUGCUGGAGCUGGUCUCCAACACCCGAGCAGACUGGCUGCAGCUGGAGGUCAGGUCAGCGGACGUCCUACGGCCAGAGGUGAUCAAGCUGCCAGGCGGGAGUCCCUUCACAGUUGGUUGGGUGAGGAUGGCUCUGAGUGUGGAGCCCAGACAGGUGGUGCUGUUUGUGGAAUGCGAGGAGGCCUUGGUGCUCAAACAGAAAGAAGGUGGACGAAUCCUGACUCUAGACUUCCCCCACGAUCUGAAGGUCACGUUCUCCAGCACUGCAGGAAAUAAGGCCAGCAAGUUCAGCGGUUUUUGGCAGACUGCUGAACUCUCCACAAGGGCAUAUGAGAGGCGUCCGUGGUUCUGUGACAAUGUAACAGACUCCCUUCCUGACACAGUCCAACCCACCAGUCCCACCGUAUCAGCAAUCUCAGACCUGGAUAUGAUGAAUGACCAGGCAAACCGUGGAGAUGAAAUAGUAUUAAAUACAAGAUACGACAGUGAAUCAGACUUGCGUUUAGGCCAACUGGAGAACAACCUGCAUAGCAUCAAGACCAUGCUGGACAUGCUAAAGAAACAGAACACUGACCUGCAGACGAAGGUUGAGUACUUGGAAACGUGUGAAUGUACAAAAAAACUCACACGAAAGUGCGUUUAUGAAGGACGUCAGGUGGAUGAGGGACAUCGCUGGUCUCCUGACAGCCGCACCGUCUGUUCCUGCACCAAUGGCCACAUUCAGUGUAACCGUUUAAGUGAAUGCAGCUUUCAUGGCAAUAUCUAUAAUAACGGUGAUGUCUUCAGCCCAGACGACUGCAACCGGUGUAUGUGUGAGAAUGGAAGAGUAGAAUGCGAAGUGAAUCCAUGUCCACCACAGUCCUGUGAGGAGCCGUCUGUUCCUCAGAGACCAUGCUGCCCUGCCCACCAAACAAAAUGUAGGCAUGAGGGUGAAAUCCAUGAGAACGGUGAUGUGUUUGUGUCGAGAUCCAACCCUUGCCACAAAUGCAUCUGCUCUAACAGUGAGGUGUCAUGUAAUCCCAUUGAGUGUCCGCCCACCCCGUGUCCCAACCCCUACAUGAGACGUGGGGAGUGUUGCCCUACCUGCUCUGCAUGUGAUGUGGGCGGUCGGCCAUACAACGACUCUUUCAGCACCAUUGAUGGCUGCCAGACCUGUACAUGUCAGGGUGGGAAUCAGGCUUGUGUUGAUGUGCAACAGUGUCCUCAGACGUGUCAAGAUGGUGUGAAGCCACCGUUUGGCUCCUGCUGCAGAGAUUGUUCCCGCUGUAACUUUGAGGGGCAAGUUGUCCUAGACGGCGUCUCUUUUCAAGCCAACCGUAACCCCUGCAAACACUGUGUGUGCAAUGCAGGGAAUAUAGAAUGUGAAACUCUGUCGUGUCCUACAACUCCUUGUCUUUUGGUGGAGACUGUAGGUGGGCAGUGCUGUCCCAGGUGUCGAAGUUGUGUCCAGAACAAUGUGUGGCACCUGCACGGUUCUCAGUGGAACCAUCCUGAUGACCCCUGCACGACCUGUACAUGCAUGGAGGGUCAGGCUCAGUGUGAGCGUGAACCCUGUCAUGUCCCCUGUACAAACCCAGCCUCUGCUCCCCCCGGAUCCUGCUGUCCUGUCUGUGACGGUUGUAAUGUGAAUGGAAGGGACAUCCAGAAUAGGAUGGAUUUGCCGCCAGGACCCAGUUGUGAGGGCAGAUGUACAUGUGUGAAUGGAAAUAUUAAUUGCGUUCAGCACCCCUGCCCAUCGACUCCCUGUUAUAAUCCAGUGAAGAGACCAGAAGAAUGUUGUGAACGAUGUGAGGAGUGCAGAUAUGAGGAUAUUGUAUACACAGACGGUAAAACCUUCGUAUCUAGAGAGGAUCCGUGCUUGAAAUGUCAAUGCUUGGGUGGGCAAGUGUCAUGUGAAUCUACAAUAUCUUCAUGUCCGCCUCCCAGUUGCACGCACCCAACAAAUUCACAUGGCCAGUGCUGCCCUACUUGUCACAUGUGUAUAUAUGAAGGAAGGAUUUACGAAGAUGGACAAGAGUUCAGGCCUGCCGGUGGUGGUCCAUGCGUUCAGUGUACAUGCAAGGGGGGUAACGUGAGAUGUCACCAGGAAAGAUGCCCAUCUUUGAAUUGUGCAGUUGCCACUCCUGCUCCUCCUAACAUCUGCUGCCCAGUGUGCAGAGGAUGUAUGUGGAAUGGCGUUCGGUAUGAGGAAGGAGACACGUGGACUGACGCUGACCAAAGAUGUUCUUGUGUGGGGGGGCAGGCUACAUGUAGUCAAAACUGUGCCCCGACCCCCGGGCCCUGCCUAGAGCCCACCAUACCAACAGAAGUCUGUGAAUAUGAUAACCGCAUCAUUACUAAUGGAGGUACAGUUCCAAAUCCUGGGAAUCCAUGUGAGGAUUGUGUUUGCACUGAUGGACGUGUGGACUGUGGGAAUCGCGAGUGUCCAAGGCCGAACUGCAACUAUCCUCGGCCGGGGACGUGCUGCCAAAACAACUGCAAUGGAUGUAGAUAUGCAGGUAAUGAGUAUCCAAAUGGAAUGGAAUUUCCACAUCAAGAAGACAAAUGCAGGAUGUGCCGUUGCACCAAUGGUAACGUCCAGUGUCUGAUGAAGCGAUGUCCAGCGGUGCAUUGUGCUGAUUCGUUUGUUCCGCCAGGAGAGUGCUGCCGCCAGUGUCCAGUACCCCUUGCUGACUGCAAUGUUGAAAGACAGCAUUACAGACACAGGCAGCAGUUCCACCAUCCCACUGACAGCUGUCAAUCAUGCAUCUGCACCAAUGGGACAAUGACAUGCCGGCGCAGGCCCUGCCCCUCUGCCUCCUGCUCUCACCCCAUAAUUCAAGAGUGCUGUCGCACAUGUGAUGGUUGUCUGUAUAAUAGGAGGGAACACACUAACGGUGCUACAUUUGAGGAUGCAUCAGACCCAUGCAGGACAUGUGUUUGUCGUGAUGGGACUGUGACCUGUGACCGUAAUCACUGUCCCCGCAGUGCCUGUCCUUUCCCUAUACAGGGCAAGUGCUGCCCACAAUGUGAUGGCUGCAUGUAUGCUGGCGUGGAGUACCUGAACGGUCAGGAGUUUGCAGACCCUUCUGAUCACUGCGGUCGUUGCAUGUGCAUGAAUGGUCACGCGACCUGCAAUAGGAGGUCAUGUCACAAUCCAGGAUGUAGUUACCCCACCAAUAGGGCGGACCAGUGUUGUCCUGUGUGUGAAGGCUGUCAGUUUGAGGGAAGAGUUUAUGCAGAUGGUGAGUCGUUCCAAUCACCCACAGCAUCAUGUGAGGAGUGCAGAUGUUCUAGAGGUGAGGUUCAGUGCUCUCCUAAAAGCUGUCCCACGAUCUCCUGCCCUCACCCUCAGCGGGACCCCUGCGCAUGUCAAAUGUGUGAAGGCUGUCUAUACCGCAGUCGGGAUUGUGAAAAUGGAGAACGCUUCCCUGAUCCCAACGACCACUGCCGGGGCUGUAUUUGCCUGAAUGGAAGUGUAUCAUGCACACCCGUGUCUUGUCCAGAAGUGUCUUGCAAGCGCCCUGUGCGUCCUCCAGGUGAGUGCUGUCCUGUGUGCACAGGGACAUGUGAACACCUGGGACAGGUGCAUGAGAACAGUGCCACAUUCACCCCACCCAACGACCACUGCUCUACCUGCACAUGCCUGAGCGGAGUCGUGUUGUGUGAGAAAAAGCCGUGUUCUCAGCAGUGCACACAUCCGAUGCACAAUAGGCACUGCUGUCCGGUGUGUGACGACUGUCUGUUUGAAGGGCGGAGGUAUGCAAACACACAGACGUUCGACACCCCCUCGGACCCCUGCAGGCGCUGCGUGUGUCAGAGCGGCUCUGUUACGUGCACCGGGGUCGCCUGUCCUGUGGUUUCCUGCCGGAACCCCGUCACCCCACCGGGACAGUGCUGCCCACAGUGCAGAGUAUGUGUUCAACAAGGUCAGGAGUAUGAAGAAGGACAGAGCUUGACCCUCCCUGCUGAUCCCUGCUUGAGCUGCACCUGUGUGGAUGGUGAGAUGAGCUGUGUAGGUCCUCAUUGUGCUAAACUGACCUGCAUGCAUCAGGUCACUGAUCCCGGCUCCUGCUGUCCCCGCUGCAGAGGCUGUUUUUAUGACGGUGUCGAGCACAUUGAAGGCAGUACCUGGUUUCUAUCCAGUGGUCCCUGCAUGUCCUGUAUGUGUGUGGAUGGAGUGACCACCUGCUCGAAGGUCCACUGUCUCUCCACCUGUCUAAACCAGAUCAGCGUGCCUGGAGAAUGUUGCCCAGUGUGUGCAGACUGCGUGUUUGAGGGCCGUGUGUACGGCCCUGGAGAGAGUUUCCACCCUUCUGGUGACCACUGUCAGAUCUGCACCUGUGAGGUGAUGCCAGACGGGGAACAGCACUUGAGCUGCUAUAGGAAGCAGUGCCCGAGUCUGGUGGACUGUCCUAAACACAAUAUCCUAUACAGCGGCUCUGACUCCUGCUGCCCUGUCUGUGCACAGCCCCUCAGUAACUGCACAGCUACACUGAUCGGUAAUGAAGUGUUAGCCACUGAUGAUCCGUGUUUCACCUGUCAGUGCAAGGAUUUGACAUGGACGUGUAUUCAUCAAGGCUGUCCUCCUCUCAGCUGCCCUCCGGAUUAUCAGCGCACACACCCUGAUUCCUGCUGCCCCGUCUGUGACGAGUGUGUAUUAGAGGGCGAAACCCACGUACUAAGCGGACAGAGAUGGACAGACCAGGAGAAUGAGUGUAUCACCUGCAUCUGCAAUCAAGGGCACAUCGAGUGUGAUCUGCAGGAGUGUCCUCCUCUUGAUUGUCCGGAUGGAUCAGUCAAAGUGAAGAACCCUGGGAAGUGCUGUCUAGAGUGCAAAGGCAUCACAACCGUAGUCUACUCCAUAGACACUGGUGCACAAUGUGUGUACGAGGGACAGCUGUACAGCCCCAAUGACCACUGGGAGGUGGAUGAGUGUACGACCUGCACCUGUGUGUCCGGAGACGUGCACUGCCAAACCCAGAGAUGCCCAACGCUCACGUGUGCCUCGGAUGAAACUCCGGCCCUGGUUCCUGGAAUGUGUUGUCCUCACUGCAUUCCCCACCCCGCCACCUGCAUUGUGUUUGGAGACCCUCACUAUCGAACGUUUGAUGGAAAGAUGGUGAACUUCCAGGGGACGUGCACAUAUGUUCUAGCUCAGGACUGUGAGGGCAGUAACUUCAGUGUCCAUGUGUCUAAUGAGGACCGGGGACGUAGGGGAGUGUCUUGGACUAAAGAAGUGACCGUGUUUAUUGGAGAUGUUGUGGUGCAGCUGUUUCAGGACUGGAUUGUCAAGGUUGAUUAUCAACCCGUCUCCCUGCCGUUUCUUAAAGAGCCGUAUGUUUACCUGGAGCGCAAGACCAACACCAUCCUCCUAAACACCAAUGUUGGGCUGAAGGUGUUAUGGAAUGGCCGGUCUCAUGUGGAAGUUAGCGUUCCUGGUAGCUACAAGAAGCACAUGUGCGGUUUAUGUGGCAACUUCAAUAACUACCCUCAGGACGACAUGAAACUUCGCAAUGGACAAAUCGCCAAUUCUGAAGCAGCUUUCGGAAACAACUGGAAGGUGGGCAGUGUAAAUUCAAGUGUUCAGUGUUCUGAUGUGAAAAACAUUAAUCCGUGUAAGGAGGCUGGAUACUCUGCCCGUAAGACCGCAAAUGCUCGCUGCACAGUGCUGAAGUCGCCCGUGUUUGAGCGUUGUCAUAAGGUGGUGCCACCCGAGAUGUUCUUUGCAUCAUGUGUGUAUGAUCUGUGCGCCUGCGGGUCCAAUUUGGAUGAUUGUUUGUGUGACGUGUUGGAGGCUUACGCGUCCGAGUGCCGUGAAGCCGGGGUUAUCCUGCAGUGGAGGUCGCCGACACUCUGCGCUGUGGGUUGCCCGCUGGACCGCGGUUAUGUGUUUGAUGAGUGUGGGCCACCGUGUCCUAAGACGUGUUUUAAUAAAGACGUGCCACUCGGUGUGAUCGAGGCUCACUGCUUUAAACCCUGUGUGCCAGGAUGCCAGUGUCCCGCUGGACUGGUUGAACACAACGCCCACUGCAUCGCCCCUGAGAAAUGCCCUAAAAUUAUCCAUGGCAAUCUUUGAGACCCUUAAACUGUGGAGUCAAAUCGGUUUGUCUACAAGGUCUAAAUAUCACUGAAUCUUGUUUUAAUCAUCCCUGAGAUCUGAUGAACUAAAACAAGUUCUUGAAGUCAACAUGAAAUCAAAAUUUGCUUUAUUUCUUUAUAAUGCACAUUCCUGGUCUUAUUCUGUAAAGGCCUAUUCAGUAUUCACACUGCACCGACAGACACCCACCAACGCCAAACGCUUGUUUUUGCCGAUUGAACAUGUUCAUUUGCGGUUUGCCGCAAUGUCAAAUGGGAAUAUCUGAGAAAUGACGUACUAAUCUGAGUGUGAAUUGGCCUUAAAAUUAGUUCACAUUAUUUCAUAUAAAAACGUUUAUAAUCAUUAUACAAAUGUAAAAACUUGCUAGUUUUCAGCUGACAUCACAAAUCCCUCUUACUUAUCAACCCUUGUCCAACAUCUGCCUUCACUUUUCACAAUUCUGUCAUUUCCUGAUGAAUAUAAAGUACCAUCCUAAUUUUUUUUUUGUUAAAUAACCUGAUUCACUCAGAAAUUCAUCAGAUUACAGGUAUAAUGAGCGAAUGGAGUUUUGUAUUGACUUUAAAAUGCUUGAGCUUAACGCACAUUUACAGUUUUUUACUUUAUAGUUCAAACCACAUUAACAAUCCUCUACUGUAUACUGUAUUUGUGUGUUUGUUUGUUUGUUUGUUUGUUUAGGAGACUUUGAGCGAGACUCGAGAGAAAUGGUGACCGAUCCGUACCAGGCUCUGUGCUUGAAUGUAAUUCAUAGUUUUUAAUGUUUAUUUUAAAUCAUUAUUAUUUUUGGCCAAAAUAUCUCUUUAAUAUUCCAUCUUUCUGCCAUUCUGGAUGACAGGGUUUCAUUCUCUCCUUCCGGAGACUGACAUUUGAUCGUUCUUUUGUUUGUUUUUGUGUUUAACUUUAAUUCAGCACUUAAAUACUGCCACUUUUAGUUGUGGAAGGGCUUAAGGACUUAAAGGACUUUAGAAAUAAAGGCAAGACACUAAUCUCCUUUUAUCGUCUUCCACGUACAUAUUAACCACUUUUUCUAAGUGUACUCUAGUCCAAGCAUUUCUUUCUGUCAGUAAUUGAGCUAACAUCUUUAGUUGACCUGUCAGGUACCGUUACACUGGUUUGGAAAGUUCUCUUAUAGUUUGUCAAUGCUGUAAAAAGUCAUUUGAAACCCGUUGCCUUUAAAAUUAAGUAAAUAAACUUCAUGCAUAAUUGGAAAAAAAAAUAAGUUACUGUAUGUGGAAUUGUCAAGUUCAAUUCACAUAACUAAAAAUUAUUAAUUAAUAAACCAUGCGUAAUUGAAAAAAUUAAGUUGUGAACUUGACAAUUUCACAUAACUUAAUUUUGAGGCAAUGGUUUCCUCAGUUUUUUUAAAGUUAAGUCAACUGAUUACUUUUUACAGUACAGGGCAUGAGAACGAGAAAGAAAUAGUUUUUUUUUUUAAUCAAAACUGUGACGUAAGAAUUAUGCCAAUGUGAUGCCACAUGUGGAACACACAAUUUGUGAUGCUAAUUUACACUUUUUUCCCCAAUUGUUGUUUCAUAUCCCCUUCCUCCACACCACAAUGAAGAUUUUAUAGCUGAAAAAUAGAUGUAUCUGAACCUGCAAUGUGAAAUUUAUGUUGUUGGGUUCUUUUCUCUUCAGCUCUUGUGUGUAUUCAUGUACCCAAAAACACAAACUCAUAUUGUAUGUUAUGAACUGGUACAAUAUUUUGUGGUAUGUUCUGCCUUGAGCGUAUGUCCAUAGUAUGAAACUGGAACACUGUUGUCAUUUAGUCAAAUGCCUUUUUAUUGUAAACUGAUGCUGGUGGUUUCCUUUUUUUUUUUUUUUUUUGGUAUAAUGCAAUACUGUACCUGUUACCUGUUGUCAGAGUUAGGCUUUAAAAUCCGAUAUCAAACAAAUAAAUAUUCCAAAUGG